GUGGCUCUGGCUGUAGUGUGUGAAUAUAGCAGCGAAUGAUUAUAUAAUGUACGAAAAUUGAUAGUCGGGAGAUUUUAUUUUAAUAUAUUAGGAGUGGAUAUUAACAUACAAAUUUGAGUGAAAAAUGGCUGCUAGAAGAAUUGCUAAAAGUACCAUUAAUUGGACUGCUUUAGCUGAAAGAGUACCUGAAAAUCAGAAACCUAACUUUCAGGUAUUUAAAGCAAAAUCAGAUGGAUAUUUACGAAGAGUAUUUUCAUUCCCUGAAAAUCCACCAAAACUAGAUUGGGCUUACUACAAAGAACGCAUUGCUGUUGCUGGUAUGGCAGACAAUUUCCAAAAACAAUACGAAGCAUUAAAAGUUCCAUAUCCAGAAGACAAAGUUAGCAAAGAUAUUGAUGCUUUAGAAAAGAGCGUAAAAUCUGAAAUUUCUGCUUUUGUUGCUGAAUCUAACAAAAGAAUAUCUGAAUACGAACAUGAAAUCAAUCGAUUGAAGAAAUUGGUACCAUACGACCAAAUGACAUUAGAAGAAUACCGAGAUGCUUAUCCAGAGAAAGCACUUGAUCCAAUUAAUAGGCCAACAUUCUGGCCCCAUUUGCCUGAAGAUCAAUUAGGUUAUAAAGCAGCAGAUGCAGUAGCAGAAAAAGACCAUUAAGAAGUCUCUAAAAAAGUACUAGCAUAUUCUAGAAGAAUAAUUGUUCGAAAUUUAUAAAGCGUAUUGUAUUGGUAUAUGCAAUAAAAUCACAUUAAAUGUUCACUCUUUAA